GCAGUACCGCACUACAGCCCGACUCAAGCAGCAGAAGCUACGGUCGAUACAGACUCACCCCGCUGUUUGGCCGCAGCAGAACGUAACAGGCUACAGGAGGAGGGAAUCGACAUAUCAUAGCUGGUGUGUCGCAUCGGAAAAGUUGGGUGUUGCGGUCUGUGGGUGUGUGGAAACCGGCUCGUGGAAGGUUCCUCGGCUGCAACCAACUACUUCGGCAAGACGCGGAGGGGCACGGAGACAACCAGGGCAUAUAGCGGAGAGCUGGUGCAAAAGGAGAGCCAGCACAAUUGACCCCGUCACACUAGGGAGGGGAUCAAGAUGGCGCCCGAGGCCGCACACCUGCCGACAGCAUCCCAGCGGCUGGCCUCGCUAAAGGGGGAGGCAGCGCCAACGGCGGUGAAUGUCAAAGCUCCCACCACCGUUGCAACGACGAAGGCAGCAGCAUCGGUGUCCAGCCGAAGAAGGACACGCGUAGAAGACGGCGGCAACAGUGCCGGCGAGAACGUUUCCGGCGACGCAGGGGAGAGAGAGCGGCCACAGCAGCAUCAGCAGAAGGAAGCGGGAGGUAGAGGAGCGGCGACGCCGGCAACAGCAGCUGCCGAACCACCGCUACCGCUGCCAUCGAUGCAACACGCAAGAGCCGCCGGGGGGAAUGGCGGCGGCGGCGGCGGCGGGGGGGGCGGCAGCGAGAGUCGGGUAGGGAACGUAGCGGAAGAUUGCUUCUCUUCUUCGGCGAGCUUUGGCAGUGUGACGCAGACCAAACCGGUGGGGACGGGCACCUCCACGUGGAAGGGAUCAUUCGUGAAGGGGAGCCGCUGCUGUUGCAGCUGCGUGCCUCUGUCGCGAGGAGGCAGCAGCGCCGACGCUAGGCUAAGCUCCGGACAGGCAGGGGCUCCCGAGACGUUCGACGGCGAGGGAGAUGGCUGGGGAAAGCCACAAGAGCCGACGGAGAAGGGCAAGGGCAAGGACGGCUUCCGUCCGCGCCAUCGGAGGGGACACUCAACGGGACACAUCGCGCACGGCACAAACCCCUCAGCAAGAGCUGCGCGCAUCACCCAGCCUCAAGGCUGGGAGGCCGGCGGCGGCGGCAGCAGUGCCACGACAUCCACAACGUCAUCGACCGGCAGCACCGCUCUGGCCGUAGCGGCGGCAAACGGCGGCGGCGAAGGGGGCCGGGAGACGGUGCUGUCGUGGGGGAGGAGGUCGGGUUCUUGGGGCGCCGGAGGGGUCGCUGCUGCGGACCGGGAGUUCAACCGCAUCUUGAAGUCCGGCAUCGAUGUGUUUAAGCAUAGCUCAACGUCGGAGUCAACCCAGCAGUGGGUGGACGUGGUGCCGAAACGAAUCAAGGAGUUCUUGUCCAGGACCUGUCCGCUGGAGGACGAAAAUGAAGGCCUGGUGACGUUGUUCCUGGACAAGGAGCGGGAGAACUUGUGCUGGUGCCCCCCCGGCGCGGCGGAACUUGUGCCGGAUGAACGCUACUCCCUGAGCGUCCGCUCCCUCGUCGAGGUCGUCCCCGGAGACUCGGUCCACCCCCGUGUGCUCUCUCUUCGGUCCACGGGCCGCGCGAACCCGCUGGUGUUCGAGCUCGACUCAGACGACCUCUACGACAUCCUCUCGGAGGGGAUCGUGCGCAUUCUGGAGAGAAACCAUCUCCGCGACACGCUCAUGGUCGACCCCAGAGACAUCGCAGCCAUCUGAUGGGCUCGCGAGAACGAGCCUUUGGUUUCUGUCCGGGCUUUUUUCGGUGACGCGGCGCACUGACUCGGGUUGUAAUGUCUUUUGUCUGGGGGGGGGGGGGGGGGGGNGGGGGGGGGGGGGGGGGGGGGGGGGGGGGGGGGGGGGGGGGGGGGGGGGGGGGGGGGCGCUUGGAGGAAGGGGACUCUCUGGGGAGAAGGAGAAGAUACUUUUCAACUAUAUCUUGCUUGGAUCCGCGAACCCCUUGUUUCUCGCCGCCCCCGCUGCGGUUUCCCGGAAGACAAGAAAAACGCCCCCGUUUCCCUCCGGGCGUCUGGCUCCUUCUUCCUGCUGGUAUGUAGGAACCCCGAUGUAUCUAUUCAGUAUCUAAUGCUUUCAAUUGUUCAUUUUAUGUUUCUUGGUUUUGAUGUCUUGUUUGUAUUUUUCUAUGUUGCCGCCCACCCAUCCUUUUUCGUGCUGCAACUGUUGGUGUUUUGUGGUGUGCAAGUUUGUGGCGCAUCUGCGCUUAUAGAGCUCGCUGUGGCAGAUUCUUGCGAUAGGCAGGCCGAUGGCAGCGCGGCAGCUACCGACGGCACACAUUACCGCUGCUGCUACUUUCUUUUUUGGUGUCAGGCGCCAUACUUUGUGCCUCGCACCUGAGUCGCUGGCCGGGGGGCUGGCCGCUGAUGUUAUUCACUCGUUGGUGUUCUCGCUCUUCGUUCGUGUCUGACUCGUUGAAUGCAGUAGUUGAAAAAAUAAAAAAACGAGAGCUCCGGUAGAGAGGCUUUUGUUUGACACACAUCCACCCAUGCGACGACGCGAUCGUUUCGGCGUGGUAGGACCAGCCUUUGCUCACGCACUUUCCACCGGUCUGCUGUGCUCUUAAUGACCAAGACGAUGCGGGGGGCGCGCGUGCUACUAUAGAGAACGAGUAGACCCCACACUACACGCGUAUGAUGCGCGUUGGGUGUGUCUCACACAUCCGCUGUCUUGUUUCUUUUUCGUAUCGUUUGUUGUUCGGUGUUUAUUUCAAUCCCUUGUCCACUUGUUCCUGGUAGUUUCAUUUGUCCAUCUCUUGUCUGGGUUUCCAUCCAAUCCACACCGUGCGUCUGUCCGUGGCAUGUCGAAGCACUCGUACGUUGUUUUACAUGAUCUUACCGUAGUCGUCCAAUGAACAAGAGGAAGGGGUGGAAAGCGAUUGCUUGGAUACAGCUAUGCAUGCUGCUUCUGUUUGUUUGGUUGUGGAGAUGGGGAUUGUAGGCGUGGUAGGUAGCGUGUUUACGGCAGAAGUUGGUGGUUUGUGUUCGUCGCGUUUGGGCUUUGGUUGUGGCAUUGUCCACUCUUGGUGGGUUGGUGGUUGGGUGGUGUUGAUGUUGGUGUUGGUGUUGGUGGCGGUGGCGGUGGCGGCGGUGGCGGCGGUGGUGAUGGUGGUUAUGGCAGUGGUACGCGCAAAGAGCCGCAGGGUCGCCGUUCAAGGGCACGGUGCAUUCUUCGCAACAGUCAAGAUGCCAUGGAUCUAGCCACAGCUUGGAUCGUCGAAACAGACCCAAAAUGCCUUGAAAGAGUACUGGUAGUGUAGCCUGACGAGGCAACGGGCAACCGGUGGUGGCUGUCCGUGUCCAUACUCCAGUAGAACGAGCACGAUCUCUCGGCCUUUGGUUGGGUGAAGAGUGAAAAGUCAGCCUGCAGCGAGCGCUGGCUGCACGAUACGAUCGUAAGCUUCUGUCUAGGCGUUGAUAUGGCAUGGGCGCGUUGUGUUUCAUUAGCCCUGUUAUUCGGUGCGCCGGCCUGUCGGUCAGAAGCUCGGCCUCGUGGGCACUCGUUGACGAUUGGUUUGGCGCGUAUUGUGUCGGGCCGUUGAGUCUUCUCGGUAUGAAAGAAGCCGCCAGUCUUCCUCGUAUCCGGUACCUCUUAUCGUUUCCACUCUUGGAAGAAUGACGGAAUUCUGGGGCUUGCGGAGAUUCAGAACCGACGGACAUCCCCUUUUGCCGUGAUCGUUAUUGCCUUGUCGGUGCCAUGUUCCAUGUUACUGCUGUUGAGUUGGUAAUUAUGAAGAGGAGCGGGGAUAAUUGGUUCGUGAGUUAACAUCCACAUCAGCAAGAACUCGCAGUGAGCGGCAUCGGAUGGUCAUCGUUCACUCUCGUCAACGGACAUGGGGUGCUCGCGUGUCUUGUCUGUGUCGCCCCGCCUCUCCGCACUCUAAUCUGCGGUAGGUAUCUGGCAUGUAACCGAAGUUGCCUGCGUCGCCUGUCGUUUGCACCGUUUCGUUUGCCGUAUGGCGCGUUUCGAGAUUUUGACGAAGUUGUCAAGCGAUCAUGUUGAUGAAGAUAAGUACGCACGGUAUGUGGCCGGCCGGGGUGACCUCUUCACGGUGAUGCUGUCGGAAUUUCAAAGUCAAGAUAGAUGUGGGGAUCCCAACAGUAGGUAGCAUCUUUUGACGCAAGCAUGUUGACAGUAGUGUCACCGGCGCAAUGGGUGGAUGAAGUAAGCAUGACGUCGCGUACGUGC